AGUUCGACAAAGCUUUUUACUGGAAUUACGAAUGAAGUCUGCGAAGCAAAUUUAAUCUUUCAAUAACGUUGUCAUCUUAAAAAGAAUCCCUUUUUUGUUAUAAUUUUUAUAAAAUGGAGAAUUCCGGCAACAAUCGUUAUGAGCUCUUAUUUAUGGAUGAAGAUGCUAAUGCAGCAGUUAUUCAAAAUAAGGUUCCCGAAGUAGCCGGCAAAAAGAAGACUGAUGAAAAAAAGCCUCAGUCCAACAUUAAUAAAACUGAAAAGGAGAAUAAGUCAAGCGUGUUAAACAAAAACAACGCUAAGGCAAAGGUUGCAGCUUUGGGACAAAAGGCAAAUGGUACAAAAACUGCGAUAACAAAUGGAGUAAAGGAAACGCGUCCAAGACAAAAUACUCGUAAUCAUCCAGCGGAAAACAAUCAUGUUAAUGCGCCAGAAUACAACAAUGAGCUUCCAAAACGCACAAUUCGAGAUCGUGAUAUUAAGGGGCCGCCUUCUCGUUUCCGCAACAACGAGAAAUUUGGUAAACGAGAAUUUGACCGUCAAUCGGGGUCCGAUAAAACAGGUAUAAAGUCUGUUGAUAAACGUGAUGGCGCUGGUGCCCACAACUGGGGAUCUGCAAAGCAGGACAUUGAGGAUCUUAAGGCAGGCGCACCAGCUCCGACCACAGACAAAGACGACUCGGCAAAUGAACAGGCUGGCGGAGAUGUUACCAAUACUGUGGAGGAGGACGACUCGAAGCAGAUGACUCUGGAUGAGUGGAAGGCACUUCAGGACCAACGUACUAAACCCAACUACAAUUUGCGCAAGGCUGGCGAAGGCGAGGAAAACGUUGAAUGGAAAAAGAUGGUUGUUUUGGGCAAAAAGAAGGAUUUGGAUAUUGAGGAUGAAUUGGAAUACGAUCCGUCAAUGUAUCCGCAGCGCGUUGGACGUGUUCAGCGCAUCAUGGACAUUCAGUUCAAUUUCAAUGAUGGUCGCAAAUCAGGUUUCCGUAAGGGAGGACAACGUGGUCCGCCACGUGGAGGUCCUCGCCCGGAGUCCGGACCAAGCAAUGGGUUUGACAAAGCCGCAUCCUAUAAGAUUGGGGAGAAGCGUCGCUCCGGAUCGAAGCCAUUGAAGGUCGACGAUGAAGCUCAAUUUCCCACUCUUUCCUAAACAGCAUUAGCAAGUUUUUUUUAUAAAGUUGAUAAAAAAAAAUAUUUCUAAGUAAUUCAUAUAAAGGAGAGUUUAUCAAGCUGCUUGACAUUCAAAAAAUAUGUAAUUUACAUAACAAAUCAGCUUUCCACACUCAUAAUUCUUAGAAUCAUACGAUUAUAUUUUGAAUUCUUUACGGCAUUUAUGCAUUUAAAAAAAGCUAUUGGAAAUAGUUCAAAAUGUUGAAACAAAUAUACGUCAUUUAUAUACUUAAUGGCCACUUCUCUUACUUCAAUUAAUUAUAUACAUGUGGAGUAACCCUAUUUUGAUUCUAAAAUAUAGACCAGCUCCUUCCCAUAUUCGUACAAAAUUUUUACAAGUGUAUAUAUAUUAGAUAGAUACCCUGUAAUAAGCAAGAUGAUAACUGAUUGAUAACUGGAAAUGGAUAAAUAAAUCAAAAUAAUAAGAAAUUGAAAUGAA